UUUAUGAAGAUUUUGCAGCUUUCCUGGUGGAGUACCAGCUGGUCUGGGCAAAGAGAAAGGAUCCUAGCCAGACUCAGGGAUCAAAGCUCAAGCAUAUUCAGUGGCCUGCAUUGACGUUCAAACCUUUGGUUGGGAAAAGCGUAUACAGUUCUAUCACUGCAGUUGAAUUCCUUGUGGACAAACAGCUGGACUUUGUAACUGAAGAUAGUGCCUUUCAGCCCUAUCAGGACGACGUAGACAGUUUAAACCCAGUUCUCAGGGACAACCCACAGCUUCAGGAGGAAGUAAAAAUCUGGGUAAAGGAACAGAAGGUGCAAGAGAUUUUUAUGCAAGGUCCAUAUUCCUUAAACGGCUAUAGAGUGAGAGUAUACAGACAGGACUCCGCCACCCAGUGGUUCACUGGUAUAAUUACUCACCAUGAUCUCUUCACUCGUACUAUGAUAGUUAUGAAUGAUCAGGUUUUAGAACCACAAAAUGUUGAUCCUUCUAUGGUUCAGAUGACCUUUCUAGAUGAUGUCGUUCACUCUUUGCUGAAAGGUGAAAAUAUUGGUAUUACAUCGCGGCGCAGGUCUCGUUCCAACCAGAACAGCAACACCGCCCACGGGCACUAUACCCGGGCUCAAGCAAAUAGUCCCCGGCCAGCAAUGAAUUCUCAGAGUGCAGCACCAAAACAAAAUUCACACCAGCAGCAACGGAAUACUCGUCCAAAUAAAAGGAAAGGUUCUGACAGCAGUGUGCCCGAUGAAGAGAAGAUUAAAGAAGAAAAAUGUGACUAUCUAGGUCAAGGAGAAAAUCCCAAAAAUAAAAACAAACUCUUUCUUUCUAAAAGAAGAAAACCUGAAGAUGAAGAAAAAAAAUUGAAUAUGAAGAGACAGAGGACAGACAACACCUCAGACUACUCAGAGAGCAGCGACUCAGAAAACUCAAACAAAAGAUUGACAGAUUCUUCAUCAGAGCAAAAUUCAGAGAAUGAAUUGAAAAGCAAGAGCACUUCAAAGGUAAAUGGGGAAGAAGGUAAAUGUCAGAGCAGCAGUGUUGUAGAGGAACAGACGCUAAUAGAUGGUCAGCCUCGUUGGCAUGAAAUACCAGAAGAUAAAAAACAUCAAGAAAUACAAAGACCCGAGUCAGCUGAUUUGGAGCUGCAAGAGAUUUCACUCCAUCAAGCUGAACAGCUGACAAUUUAUGAUAGGAAUGCCAAUGACAUAUGCAUUCAAGAGGAUGGUAUAGACAAGCAAAGCCCCAGGGAGCUCUUACCAAAUGAAGAGUUUAUAUCCAGCUCUCCUACACCAAAAAGUUGUAUUGAUAUGAAUAUUGACAAUAAUGCCACCAAUGAGAGCCAGGAAAACAUUUCAAGUACAUUUGGAUUGCAGGGCUGUCUGAAAAUGGAACCCCAUGGCAAAGAUACAAAACAUCUGUUUACAAAUGCAAACUUUCUAGACGUAAGGAAAUCAGAAGUUGAUGAGAAUUGGGUUAAUAAUGUCAGCAAGAUGGACUUGCUACAACUGAAAGUUAUGAGAAGUACAUCAGCAGGCGAACAUCUACAUUCUGAAAAAGUUCAGUAUGGUUCUACAUCAUCUUUAACUGUUAUUUCUAUAGCAGAAGAGGGCAGAGUACGUAAACAAAGUCCAGUCCCAGAUGCUAUGAAGUCAAAACCUGGUCAUUUGCUUGACAACCCUAAAACCAAGUCAGGUUCCUUACCUGAUGUUAAAUAUAAACAUGCCCAGUCUCCAGAUUCUGUGAAGUCUAAACUUAAUUACCAGAACAACCAUGUUACUGGAGUAACAAGGUCAGGAACUAAAACUGAACAUGAUUUGCCUAGGUCUAGUUUUCAUCCAGUUCCGGCUAGAGUUAGUUCAUUAGAAGCUACUAAAAGUCCUCUUAUUAUUGACAAGAAUGAACAUUUCACAGUUUACAGAGAUCCCGCUCUUAUUGGACAAGAAACGGGAACUAACCACAUAUCACCAUAUUUGCAUCAGCAUAAUUAUCCUCCUCAUUCCACUUCCCAUAGAACUUGUCUCAAUCCAAACACACAUCAUCCCACAUUAACUGGUGCAUCCCAUUUAUUAGUUGGAACCUCAAACCAAGCUCCUUUAUCGUCUAUUAGUACUCAUCCUCUUAGUGGUGCAUCUCACCAUUCUGUUCAUCACCCACAUCUACUUCCUGCAGUGUUACCUGGAGUGCCUGCAGCCUCUUUGUUGGGAGGCCACCCACGACUAGAGACUGCUCAUGCUAGCAGCUUAAGCCAUUUGGCAUUAGCACACCAGCAACAGCAACAGAUGCUACAGCACCAAUCAUCACAUCUUCUUGGGCAAGCUCACCCUUCUGCUUCAUAUAAUCACCUAGGACUUUAUCCAAUUAUUUGGCAGUAUCCAAAUGGAACACAUGCUUACUCAGGACUUGGAAUACCUUCAUCUAAAUGGGUGCAUCCUGAAACCUCUGUGAAUACUGAGACACCUCUGAGAAGAAAUACUCCUAGUCCUUGGUUACACCAACCAACCCCCGUGACCUCAGCUGACAGUCUUGGGUUACUGAGUCAUAUACCUGUAAGACCAUCCAGUGCAGAGCCACAUCGACCACUCAAAUUGACGACACACUCUAGUCCUCCAUUGUCAAAAAGUAUAGUGGAUCAUCAUAAAGAAGAAAUGGAAAGGAAAGGUAUUUUUGAACCUUUACGUUCAGUUGCAUCUACUCCAACAAAGUCUGAUCUAGAACACAGCAGAAUGCAAAAUGUAAAAGAGGGCCAUUUGCAAAGACACUUUGUAGACCCGCUGCAAAGGUCACUUCAAGAAACAGGAGAGAGGCUAAGCAAGUAUAAAGAAGAACAUAGGCGGAUACUUCAAGAAAGCAUUGAGGUUGCUCCUUUUACAGCUAAAGUCAAAACACUUGAGGCGGAAAGGGAGACUUAUUCCAGAAUAAUGCCAUUAUCAUCUUCUAGCCCCAAAAGCCAUGGAAUAAAGCACGAAAAAGAUUCAGAACUCUAUAAAAUGAAGCAUUCGGUACCACAGAGCUUGCCACAAAGUAAUUAUUUUACCACCUUAUCAAACAGCGUGGUGAAUGAACCACCAAGAACUUAUUCAUCCAAAGAAGUUUCAGGUGUGAGUGCCGAUAAACCAGGUAGCUGUCCUUCAACAACAGCUUCUGCUCACUCACUUGCUUCUUUCACUUCAUCUCUUUCAAAACCACCACCUUUGAUUAAACACCAACCAGAAGCUGAAAGCUCAGUAAGCAAGAUAACAGAUCAACUUUCACAGCAAGUGACAUCUCAUUCAGUAAAUUCUUUCCGAAAUGACUCUAGAAGUCCUACACAAUUGUCAGUUUCAUCCUCAAGUACACUCCGGACUAUGCCUGCUUUACACAGAGCACCUGUGUUUCACCCUCCAGUCCAUCAUAGCCUGGAGAGAAAGGAAGGCAGCUAUAAUAGUCUUUCUCCACCAACCCUAACUCCUGUGCAGCCCGUUAAUGCUGGUAGCAAAAUCCAUGAACUGCAGAAGCCACCAACUUUAGUACCUGAGCCAAAAGAAGCACAAAGCAUAUACAAGAGUGCUUUGGAACAAAAAAUUUCAGAUAUGUGGAAAUGUAGUGAUAAUCUGAAUCAUGAUAAAAUGGAAUGGCAUGUUGAAAGAACUAGUGGGAAAUCACCUUCUGCCACAGCUUCUGUCAUUGUACGUCCACCUUCAAGUACCAAGUAUGAUACCGUGUCUGUAGUGCAGUCAGCUCCCAAAGAACGGAUUACUGAAAGAUCAUUGACAGGGACAAGCCAAACAGACUGCCUGAAACCAGCAGAAGCCAGUGAAACUGGAAGAAUCAUUCAGCCAAACUCAGACACAAUUCAUAUGCAGUAUGAAAAAAAAUUUCCAGUUGCUUCCCAGGGCAACAUUCCCUGCUCUGUCGUGCCUACUACAGUUAUACUGUGCAGUACCAAAACAGUUGUAACUACUUCUGUCGUGACUACAGGCAUUCCCAGCGUGGGUAGUUCAGAAGUGACUUACUGCUCAUCAAAUACAGCAUUGUCUUGUGCAUCAGUUGAAAGCACUGCAUCUAGAGCCAUAACACAGGAAGUGACACAAGGACAAGAAUGCGCUGUAAGUACUGCGGCUCCAGUUAUACCAACCUCCAGCAAAACAGAAAGUGCUCUUCAGUCCAGCUCUGGAUUCCCUGGACCAUCUGAUUUUAUUCACUUGAAAAAGCACAAGGCGGCCUUGGCUGCAGCUCAGUUUAAAAGUAGCAGUGCCAGUGAUGCAGAGUCCAGUGCUGUGAAAAAUCAGUCAUAUCCAGCCUCUGUUUCCCUAGACAGUACUGUCAUUUCUACUACAAUAAACAAAGCAAAUGCUGUAGGCAAUGGGCAAGUUUCCCAGAUGAGUCAAGCAAACUACCACACGAAACUGAAAAAAGCUUGGCUCACAAGACAUUCAGAAGAAGAUAAAAACACUAAUAAAAAAGAGAAUUCAGGGAACAGUGUAUCGGAAAUUAUUAAGCCAUGUACUGUUAACUUAAUAGCUUCUACGUCAAAUGAUUUGCAAAAUAGUGUAGAUAGUAAAAUGCUAGGGGAGAAGCUUGUGAAAGAAGAGAAACACACAAGGCGAAAAACAAAAAGAACUUACGAGUCUGGCUCUGACAGUGGUGAUUCUGAUGAAAGUGAGAGUAAGUCAGAGCAAAGGACUAAGCGGCAGCCUAAGCCAACUUACAAAAAGAAGCAAAAUGAUUUACAGAAGAAAAAGGGUGACGCAGAGGAAGAAAUAAAACCAAAUGGUGUUCUCAGCAGGAUUGCCAAAGAGAAAAGCAAACUGAAGUUACAGAGCAGCAGUAGUAAUACUGGCAUACCUCGUUCAGUAUUAAAAGACUGGCGUAAAGUAAAGAAGCUGAAGCAAACUGGAGAAUCCUUUUUGCAGGAUGACUCUUGCUAUGAAAUAGGGCCCAAUUUGCAAAAAUGCAGAGAAUGUAGACUGGUGAGAAGUAAGAAAGGUGAAGAAUCUGCCCACUCACCAGUGUUUUGUAGAUUUUACUACUUUCGUCGGCUUUCUUUUAGUAAGAAUGGAGUGGUUAGGAUUGAUGGCUUUUCUUCUCCUGAUCAGUAUGAUGAUGAAGCAGUAAGUUUAUGGACACAUGAAAAUUAUGAUGAUGACGAAGUGGACAUAGAAAUGUGUAAAUAUAUUUUAGAACACAUAAGUGACAAAUUUUGUCAGUUAGUAACAUCUGAGAAAACAGCCAUGUCCUGGGUGAAAAAGGAUGCCAAAAUAGCUUGGAAGAGAGCAGUCAGAGGAGUCCGUGAAAUGUGUGAUGCAUGUGAAGCCACUCUGUUUAACAUUCACUGGGUCUGCCAAAAAUGUGGAUUUGUGGUCUGCUUAGAUUGCUACAAGGCAAAAGAAAGGAAGAGUUCUAGAGAUAAAGAACUUUAUGCUUGGAUGAAAUGCGUAAAAGGACAGCCUCAUGACCAUAAACAUUUAAUGCCCACCCAGAUUAUUCCUGGAUCUGUUCUAAUGGAACUUCUGGAAGCUAUGCAUACUCUUAGAGAAAGAUAUGAGAUUAAAUCCCAUUGCCAGUGUGCCGGCAAACAGAAUUUACGAGUUGGCAAAUUCCCUUCUAUGAAUGGGGUGUCUCAGAUUUUACAGAAUGUCCUUAACCACAGUAAUAAAAUUUCUCUGUGCAUCCCUGAGUCACACCAGCAGAAAGCAUCUCAAAAAUCUGAGACCAAUGGUAAUACAAGUCCAGGGAGUGACGUGAGCACAGACAGCAAGUUGACUCCACCUGAAUCUCAAUCACCACUGCAUUGGUUGGCAGAUCUAGCAGAACAAAAGGCCAGAGAAGAAAAGAAAGAAAACAAAGACUGCCCACUUGGGAAACAUGCCAAGGAAGAACAGGAUCAAGACAGUUCAGAAUCUCUUAACUGCAAGACCUCAACUCCUUUGUCUCAGAAUAGUGAGCAGGGGUCAACGUUACGAGACUUGUUGACCACAACAGCUGGCAAACUACGUCUUGGUUCUACAGAUGCUGGCAUUGCUUUUGCUCCAGUUUAUUCUACAGGAACUGCAAAUAGCAAAGGUGGAAGGACUAUGCCAAACAUUCUUGAUGACAUAAUUGCUUCAGUUGUAGAAAACAAGAUUCCACCAAACAGAACACCAAAGAUAAAUGUGAAAUCUGAAGGGAAGGAUGAGCCAAAGGAUGACAGAAAAUUCACUGCAGAUGACUGCAGUAUAUUGUACAGUGAUGUUCCACAUUCGUGGAUCUGUGACAAACAUGUUUUGUGGCUUCGAGACCAUAAAAACUGUAACAACUGGAAGCUAUUCAGAGACUGUUGGAAACAUGGGAAGCCUGCAUUAGUGUCUGGUGUGCACAAGAAGUUGAAUGCCAGUUUGUGGAAGGCAGACUUAAUUAGUUCAGAUUUUGGUGAUCUCAAAGUUGAUAUCUUGAAUUGCAAAGACAGUAUUACUUCAAGUGGCAGUGUCAAGGAAUUUUGGGAUGGCUUUGAAGAAUUUUCAAAGCGGCAAAAAAUAAAAUAUGGGGAACCAGUUGUACUGAAGUUAAAAGACUUGCCUUCUGGUGAUGAUUUCAAGACCAUGAUGCCUGCAAGAUAUGAAGAUUUAUUAAAAAGUUUGCCAUUGCCAGAGUAUUGUAAUCCAGAAGGAAAAUAUAAUUUGGCUUCAUACUUGCCAGGGUUUUUUGUACGCCCAGAUCUAGGACCCAGGUUAUGCAGUGCAUACGGUGUAGCUGCUGCUAAAGACCACGAUAUAGGAACUACGAAUCUCCAUAUUGAAGUGUCUGAUGUUGUGAACAUCCUUGUCAGUGUUGCCAUAGCAAAAGGGAAUGUUCUCUCAAAAUCAGGAGUACUAAAGAAGUUUGAAGAAGAAGAUUUGGAUGAUCUUCUAAGAAAAAGGCUGAAGGAUUCAAGUGAAUUGCCUGGUGCUUUGUGGCAUAUUUACGCUGGCAAGGAUGCAGAGAAAAUAAGGGAGUUCCUACAAAAGAUAUCAAAAGAACAAGGUUUAGACGUUUUACCAGAGCAUGACCCAAUACGUGACCAGAGUUGGUAUAUAAACAAAAAACUACGUCAAAGACUUCUAGAAGAAUAUGGAGUAAAAACCUGCACUCUCAUCCAGUUUCUUGGUGACGCUAUUGUUUUACCAGCAGGAGCACUCCAUCAGGUACAGAAUUUUCAUAGCUGCAUUCAAGUAACUGAGGACUUUGUGUCUCCAGAACAUCUUGUGCAGUCAUUUCAUUUAACGCAAGAACUGAGGCUAUCGAAGGAAGAAAUCAAUUAUGAUGAUAAACUGCAGGUUAAAAAUAUCUUGUAUCAUGCAGUUAAGGAAAUGGUGAGAGCUUUGAAGAUACACGAACAGGAAACAGAAGAUAUGGAAGAAAACUAAGUGUGUGCGCUCCUCCUUUUUGUGUCAGGUUAUUUUUUUAUGAUAGUCUACUCACUAAUAUAAGCUGCACGCACCAUCAGUGCCAAGAAAGUAUGUCCAUUGUAUUUACUUGCUACUGACACUGCAACAGAACAGCUUCUGAUAACAGCUGCUGUUAUUUAAACUUGGGGGAUUUUUUAGAAAUAGAAAA